GAUACUAGCUGGUAGCAGAGCGCAGACAGGAACAGCUGAAAAAGAACAACAAAGCCGCGACGACGACGCGACAAAAACCACAAAUGUUCGUCUAAAAUACAGCCCGAACAUCGGUGACAUCAGCGCAGGUGGGGACAUUUUGCUCCGCUGAAGCGACUUAGAGAAGCCUUAGUUCAGUCACUCCCAGAGAUUUAAUGAUGGGACGCAUCUUUUUGGACCACAUCGGCGGAACACGCCUCUUCUCCUGCGCCAACUGUGACACCAUCCUGACCAACAGGUCCGAGCUCAUCUCAACACGUUUCACAGGAGCCACAGGCAGAGCUUUCCUCUUCAACAAGGUGGUGAACCUCCAGUACAGCGAGGUGCAGGACAGAGUGAUGCUCACGGGGAGACACAUGGUGAGGGACGUCAGCUGCAAGAACUGCAACAGCAAGCUGGGCUGGAUUUACGAGUUUGCCACUGAGGACAGUCAGCGGUACAAGGAGGGACGGGUCAUCCUGGAGAGGGCGCUGGUUCGGGAGAGCGAGGGCUUUGAGGAGCAUGUCCCCUCAGACAAUUCAUGAGCCCCCCCCCCCCCAACCUCAGAUUAACUCCUCUCCCUCUCCUUUAUCCCCUCACCUCUGUGCUGCACACCAACACCUGCAGACUUAGUGGUCAGUGAAGUCUUGUCUUCACCCUCCUCCUCCCAGCCACACCUGUCCCCCAUCUCCGGCCCUAUGAACCUUAGACCUCUGCUGAUUUUGAAGAUUGGUUUGCUGGCUCUGUUCUUGCUGAAUAGACACCCCCCAAAAUACUUCCUGAUUUAUGUGUCACAGGGCACCACCCUAAAAAAAAAAACAGCUGGGGACCUUAGAUAGAUGAGUUCACUUCACUUUGUUUAAGUGUUCGUGCACGGUCACACAGAAUUUUCACCAUCUCUGCACAAGGCAUGCUCCACAGUUUUUUCAUAUAUGCAUGAUUAUAGACGUGGUCGGUCACUUGAAAAAAAAAAAAAUCACCUGGUUGUUUUGGUUAUUCAAAUAACUGGAGGUAGUAGAGCUGAGCACCAGCCCGCUCUCUACGCAGCAAUGUGACAUGAACCGAUGGAGGUGUCACUUUACAUGUUGCUUUUAAAAAUGGUUCAAGUGCUUCCGUGUUGUCAACCUUGUCUCAAUGUAUUUGUCACUGGUGAGCACCGAAUGCAACUAAGACCACGUGUAGUCGUUAUUUCUAUAUCAGUUACCUUAUUAUUAGCUGGUAGUGUGAUGAAUGUAAUAGUCUUCAAGAUCUCUGUUCUUCUCAUCCAAAUGAUACCGCACAGAUUGAUGUCAUAUUUAAAUAUUUGUUGUUGUGUUUUUAGAGAUGGGAGGCUUAUUUACAUCUGGCACACAUGAUGUGUAUUUACUUUGACAUGUGCACAAGGUGGCUUUAAGUGCAGUUCAUAGUGUGAAAGAUGCUCUCAUGUACACGAGACAAUCAUGCAAUUGAUUCCUACAAUUUUAAUUCAGCUAGACCACUCUCCAUCUGUAAGCAUGGAUUCUGUGCCUGUGCGAUGUGCCGUGUGAAGCGCGAACAUGUCACUCCGGUGACUUAACGGGGAGCGUGUACCUUCCAGCCACGUGUCUCAGUGUGACGGAGGAGCGAGACGUGAUGGAGACAUUCUCUGGCUGCCUGCUGGCAAUUAAGGACAGGAUUAUGAGAGGUUGGGUCAUUGCGAGCACUUGGAAGUAGCCAACAUUUGGAGACAAGCUUACAGACAUCCGCUGGAAAAAAUAACCCACAGCAGAAUUUUUUUAUAUCAAUGCCUGAAACGACACACUGACAAUACAUUUAAAUCAAGCCUGUGUUUGACUCCAUUUCUUUAAAGACAGAUGCUGUCUCCUACUUUCAGAAAGUGACCCAUCCCCUUGUUAUAAUCCUCAGCUUCAGGCGUAUUUGGUCAUAAGAUGACUUGUUUCUUACAACACAAAGCCAAACAAGCUUUAAUGGAGUAUAAGUCUUUAAAGUUGAGCCUUUCUCCUCUGACUAUGCCAGAGCCUCCAUUUUAUAUCGUCAGCGUCCUGUGAAGAUUUCAACCCAAAUGUCAAAUUGUUACAAAAAAAAAAAAAUCUUGAUCUUUGUGACAUUUGAGUUUAUUUUUGGAAUGCACAGCAUCGUGGCCCUGAUGUAACAUUGUGCCAUUUUCAGAGUGUGCAUGCCUGCAGGCGUUACCAUACUGGUCCAGCCUUUGCUGGAGGCAAUGUUAAUGUUUUUUGCUCGCCUUUACAAGGUCACGCAAGAAAGUGCAAGUUGACAUUUCUACAAAAACAAAACAAAGCUGAAUUAGUUAUAAAUGGCUUCUAUGGGACAUUGAAAUCCAUGUCCCCGAGUUAGUGCAGUGUACAGUCAAUGGCCGUGACCGAGUGUUAUCAUUUUGUUGUUCACUUUUACCAUUUUUAUUGAUAGGCCAUGGCUUUUAUUUUCUUUAUUCUAUAUAUGACUAUUAUUUUAUUGACUGAUACAUUUAUCUUAUUGUGUAUUUUCUCGAUUGGAGGUUUGGGAAAAAAAAAAAUGUUUUCUUCUUGUAUGGCUAUUGGAGGGUUUUCUCUGAUGUGGUUUCUAAAUAAAAAUGUAGUCUUGCUGGGUUAAAUUA